ACCAUACCGGAUGCUUUGGUCACUCCCUGUUUUUUUCUCCUAGGCCUACAGGAAACAUGGCCUCUUGCUGCUGCUCACGCCUAGCAGUUUCUGGCCCUGAGAGGCACUCAACAGCAGAGCACAUCAAUAAGAACACUCUAAAAUGUCAGGCACUGGUUGAGGAGCACAUGACUUCUUGCAACCUCCACAAAGAGUAUCAGAUGCCCAUGAUAAUUUCUAAUAUGCAUGCAUGCUUAGACUGAAAUCUCAACUUUAAAUGGUGAAACUUAUUACAAACCAUGCUUACGAAAUUUCUAAAAGUUCCUGCUUGUGCUUCCUUAAUAUGAGUUCCUCUCUUUACUUCUUCCUUUCUGAAAAGAGAAAAGUGGAAAAGGCGGCACAUGCACCAGCGAUGGGCCCUGUGAGCACGAGCAGGAGGGGCCUCCGGCUAGAAAUCAGCCUGAUCCUUCUUCAUGCUGGUGUGGUGGGCGCCUGUACUGUAUCUGUGCUACAGCCAGGUUACCUAGAGGUGGACUACACGUCUCAGACUGUCACCAUGGAGUGUACCUUUUCUACAACUGGAUGCCCUGCAGUGCAACCAAAAAGCUUGUGGUUUCGCUGUGGCACUCACCAGCCUGAAGUUCUGUGCUUGGACGGAUGCAGAAAUGAGGCAGACAAGUUCACAGUGAAAGAAACCCUGGACCAGAACCGAGUCUCCCUCACUGUUAACAGGCCGUCUCCAAAUGACAGUGCAAUCUACAUCUGUGGAAUAGCAUUUCCCAAUGAAAAGGCACGGACAGCCAAACAGACUGGAGACGGGACUACACUGGUGGUAAGAGAAAGACUUUUCAGCAGGGAGGUGCACAGUCUCCUGAUAGUGCUCUUAGCACUGCUCGCAGUCUACGUCGCCGGUGUGUGUGUGAUCUUCAUAGUCCUCUUCAAAUCAAAAUCUAACAGUCCAAGAAGCAGAGAAACCAAGGAAGACUCGAAAAAGAAGAGUGCUCGACGUAUCUUCCAGGAAAUUGCUCAAGAAUUAUACCAUAAGAGAUAUGUGGAAACAAGUCAUCAGCCUGAGCAAGACGGCAAUUAUGAAAACAGAAAAGCACUCCCCAGCCCUGGAAGACCAUAGAUGUGCUGACUUUUUACUUAAACCAU